UUCACUCAUGUCAACUAUUAUUAUUGGCUAGGCCCCAGGACUAUGUGGCCACUUCAGUAUUUAACUAGAUAAUCAAAGCCAUAAGGCCUGAGGGUCAGUUAUCAAAAAACCAAUGGCAACAACAAUCGUGAAUUGUUUUCUUUCCUUGUCGCUCCUAACCCUUAUCAUCAAAGGAUCAUGUGAUUGUUCGCUGAACAACAUCAAUAUUGGGACAACAAGAACUGGGAAGGAAAUACAGGGGAAGCCAGAGUGGAAGGUGACUGUGACCAACAACUGUUCUUGUGCACAAAGCCAAAUUCAAUUGUCUUGCCAAGGUUUUCAGAGUGCUGAGAUUAUUGAUAGUUCUAUCGUCUCUGUGAAAUCGGGCGUGUGCCUCUUAAUCAAUGGCAGACUCUUGCGGGGUUUUGAUUCGGUUGUUUUCUCAUACGCUUGGGAUCCUCCUGUUCUAAUGUUGCCAAAAAGUUCCAUACUAGGAGCUUGUCCUUAAUUUCAUGGGACGCUGUGAAUUUCAGGCCAUGGGUAAAGUUGAGCUAUUUCUAAGUGGUUUAAAUAAGUAUUUGGUUUCAUAAAAUACACUUGUUUUGGUCUUGGCCUUCAUAUUUUUAUUUUAAAUUAUUUAAGUAAAAUUUUAAAUUUGUCUGUUUUACUCUUCAUCAUCAAUAAUAUUUGUGAA